CGACGAAUUACGAAUCAUUACGGACAAAGUCAACCAUUUAACCUUAGCUGAGGGUUAGGGCUUUUCUUUCUACAAAACUUUUGAAGAUGACUGCGGCGAGUGUUCCGUCAUGUUUUCAACUUGGAUCACAUACACUGUCUGUUCCAGUCAGUCUUCAUGCAACCAAUAGAAAGCAUUUAUGUGACCGUCUAAAAAAGGCCAAAGGUGUACCAUCAGGAGCAAUAGUUCUACUGCAAGGAGGGGAACAAAAGCAACAAUACUGCUCUGAUAGAGAUAUCCUUUUCCGGCAGGAGUCCUACUUUCACUGGACCUUCGGUGUUCUGGAACCUGACUGUUUUGGUGCUGUGGAAGUGGAUACAGCACGUUCAAUCUUGUUUUGUCCACGACUACCUGCAUCAUAUGCCAUCUGGAUGGGAAAGAUUCACAGCCUUGAGCAUUUUAAGAAGAAGUAUGAAGUUGAUGAAGUCUUCUUUACUGACGAGAUAGCUGAAGUGCUGCAAAAGAAGUCACCAUCCAUCUUAUUGACACUGCGUGGUCUUAACACUGAUUCUGGACACUAUUGCAGAGAAGCAGCAUUUGAUGGCAUAAGCAAGUUCAGUGUGGACAAUAAGAUUUUGCAUCCUGAGAUAGCUGAAUGCCGUGUGUUUAAGACCCCUCAGGAGCUUGAGGUGAUGCGCUUUGCAAACAGGGUCAGCAGUGAAGCCCACAAAGAGGUAAUGAAACGUAUUAGACCUGGAAUGACUGAGUUUGAAUUAGAAAGCUUAUUCCUGCACUACUGUUACUCGCAAGGUGGCUGUCGAAAUGUGGCUUAUGCCUGUAUUGGAGCAAGUGGCCACAAUUGUGCUACCCUUCAUUAUGGCCAUGCAGGAGCACCAAAUGACAAGUUAAUCUGUGAUGGGGAUAUGUGCUUGUUUGACAUGGGUGGAGAAUACUACUGCUAUACGUCAGACAUCACAUGUUCAUUUCCAGCCAGUGGGAAGUUCACAAAGGAUCAGCGCAUGAUUUAUGAAGCAGUGUACAAAGCAAGUCGUGCAGUAAUGGCAGCUGUUAAGCCUGGUGUAAAAUGGACUGACAUGCAUCGACUGGCAAACCGUGUUCAGCUGGAGUGUCUUAGAGACGCGGGGCUCUUACGGGGCGAAGUGGAUGACAUGAUGAAGCUCCAUCUUGGGGCCGUUUUCAUGCCUCAUGGUCUGGGACAUCUCAUGGGACUUGAUGUUCAUGACGUCGGUGGAUACCCAGAGGGUACUGAGCGGGUAGACGAACCAGGCCUCCGCUCGCUCAGAACUACCCGUGUGCUAGAAGAGAGUAUGGUACUGACCAUCGAACCAGGGAUCUAUUUUAUUGAUGCCACCUUGAACCCUGCUUUGGAGAAUCCUGAAACAGCCCGGUUCUUUAAUCAAGAAAUGCUGCAGCGAUUCCGAAAUUUUGGAGGGGUUCGUAUUGAAGAUGAUAUCGUGGUGACGUCAGACGGUAUGGAGCUGAUGACGUGUGUGCCACGCACCGUGCAUGAAAUCGAGACUCUGAUGGCUGAAGGAGCUGAUCUCCCGCCCCAGUUCCCCACUUCCGUUUCCUCAGAAGGAGCAAAUUAAUUUGUAACCUUUCGGAAUGCGAGUGACUAGGAACUCGGCGUGUCUGUAUUCAUAUCUAACAUGUCGUGAAAAUAGUAAUCAGCCUGAUUAAUUCAGUCGAAUGAAACUGAUUGAUUCAUAGUUUGAAACCCGCUACCCCGGACGCGGAGACCAAAAUUUAUCUGAUAACAGUUCGCAUACAUCGCUAAUGUUCGUUUAGCACAAUGAACACUCAAGAGAUGUCAGCCGUAACCUACAAAAAGUGCCAGAAGCCGGCAACGUUUCAAAAUUGUAGCACAUAGAUUAGUGGUCCAAAAUAGGAUUGCAGGCAGAAUGAAUCUAUGCUACCUCGUGUAUCACAUUUACCUAAGGAACAAAUUAAAUUAAUCAGAUUUAAUAUAGUGAAUUAAAGAUAUUUUUGAUAGUAGAUUGUUCGUGGCUAGUCUUACGCAGCUCGUUUCGUCCCGGCCAAGGUACUCAUCAGAGCCGGGGACGAAACGAACUGCGUAAGACUAGCCACGAACAAUGUAUUAUCACAAGUAACUGUCAACUUUAUAGUCAAAGAUAUUUUUAUCGAGUAAAUGCGAUGCUACUAUAUAGGAAAUGUAUUUUCGAAUAAAUGCUUUUCAUUAAAAUGUA